GAGCGCAUUAUAGAAUUACAAAUUCUAACCCUGUGUUUAAAAUGGCGCUCGCCAUUGCCGCCAUGGCGCGAGGCGCAGUCAAGCGAUGGCUCUGUCGCCACGUACCACCUAGGCGAGGGUGGGUUCCGUAAGGCGCGCGCCAUGGGUGCCUUGUCGAGAAGGCGAGCAAGUCGAAGGCGUGCGACAUGGCGAGAUUUACGUAAACCGUAUCUAAACCAUAUUAGAACGUACUGCGGUUGCUUUGGUCGGAGUUUAACACACACGUUUUAAUGUCUGAUGAGGCUGGGGGUAGUGCUACACGUCGUGAAGUUGAUCCAGGAAGAAAAUAUGGGAUCAUGUUGAAUAACAAUUCCAACUCUUGGAAGUGUAUCUUCUGUAAGAACAACUUCAACGCUGGAAUUUCACGUCUCAAGCAACACUUGAGAGGGGAUCAUAGGAAUGCCAAAGCUUGUACUUUAUGUCCACCACAUGUGAGAGAGGCGUUAAUCAAACACAAGCAGAUGAAGGAUGAUGAGAUAGCUGCUCGUAACUUGGCUCUCCAAGAAGAAGAAGAAGGUCUUGACGAGUAUGAUGAAGAAUGCGGGAAAGAAAGUCAGCCGCGACGGUCUGUCCAUGCUAAGAAGAGGAGAGUUAGAGGUCCACUGGACAGGUAUGUGAUUGUUCCUCCUCCUGAUGUUUUGCAAGGAAGGAAAGAUAGAAAGAGUACUCUUGGAGCUGCUUGUGAUAAAGAGGCAAGGGAAAAUGUAUGUGGAGAUAUAACUAGGUGGUUUUUGGAUGCUGGUCUUGCGUUCAAUGCAGUCAACUAUCCUAGUUUUGACAAGAUGAUUCAAUCAAUUGGGCUAUAUGGACCAGGAUGUAACUAAAAUAUUAGUUUUAACUAAAAUAACGUAACGUAAAUGUUCUUCAAGGCGAGCGCCAUAUUGCGCCAUGGCGCGCGAGGCGCAAGGCUCGGCACGUCUCGCCUUGGUGCGCCAUGCGCCAUUUUAAACACAGU